AUGCGAAUCAGGAAGAAGCAGAGAGAAGGGGAGGUGAGAGAGGAGCAGGAAAACGGGGAAGAAGGGGAGGAGAGUGAGGAGGACGGGGAGGUGAAAGAGGGGGAGGAGGAGGAGGAGGAGGAGGAGGAGGAGGAGGAGGAGGAGGAGGAGGAGGAGGAGGAGGAGGAGGAGGAGGAGGAGGAGGAGGAGGACGAGGAGGAGGAGGAGGAGGAGGAGGAGGAGGAGGAGGAGGAGGAGGAGGAGGAGGAGGAGGAGGAGGAGGAGGAGGAGGAGGAGGAGGAGGAGGACGAGGAGGAGGAGGAGGAGGAGGAGGAGGAGGAGGAGGAGGAGGAGACUCGGGAAGAUGAGGAUAGUAGGGAGGAGGAGGAGCAGGAGGAGGAGACUCGGGAAGACGAGGAUAGUAGGGAGGAGGAGCAGGAGGAGGACCAAGAAGAACGGAAGGGCAGUGAAGGGAAAGAGGCUGGUGAGAGGGGUUGCAGUGGGAGUGGGGACGGUGGGAGUGGGGACGGUGGUGAGAGUGGGGACGGUGGGAGGGGGGACGGUGGGAGAGGGGACGGUGAGAGGGGGGACGGUGGGGGGGAGGACAGUGGGAGGGAGGUUGGUUUGCAACAUGCAAGACCGCAGGGGGGUGGGAGGAAACGAAAGACCAUGGAUGAGCAGAGAGGAUGGGAAGCAGGAGAUGACGGAGUAGGGGAAGGUGGAGCAGGGAAAGGAAGAACAGAGGAAGGGAGAGCUGGUGAAGUUAGAGCAGUACAAGUGAGAGCAGCAGAGUGGAGACCAGAAGAAGGGAGAGCAGCAGAGGGGAGACCAGAGGAAGGGAGAGCAGCAGAGGGGAGACCAGAGGAAGGGAGAGCAGCAGAGUGGAGACCAGAGGAAGGGAGAGCAGCAGAGUGGAGACCAGAAGAAGGGAGAGCAGCAGAUCUGAGAACAAGGGGAGAAAGGGCAGGGGAGGGAGUGGAAGGGGGGUGGAGGCGGUGGCAAAGGCAAAGGAGCAACAGGAGUGGUACCAAGAGUGCAGCAGGGGCUGUCAAACUGCUCACCUUCUUCCAAUGUGCCAACCUUCACCUUGCCUUCUGCAUCCACCCCUUCUGCAUCCACCCCUUUUGCAUCCACCCCUUUUGCAUCCACCCCUUUUGCAUCCACCCCUUUUGCAUCCACCUUACUUGCAUCCUCGACCCCACCAUCUUCCUCAGCAGCCCCAAGCGUCCACCAUCUUGCUCUUGA